AUGCCACCAUAUACAAUCUUGAGAUCCAUUUUCUUGCAGGCAUACUCAUUAAAUCCAUAGAAUAAUAACCAUAAUGGAAUCAAUGAAAGACUGCACCAACUUGGGAGUCCAACCAGUGUGCAAAAGACAACUGCAAACAUAAAAAAAUAAUAAUAAAUAUUGAGAAGGUGAAAUUAAGAGUCCUUGAAAGCGAGUCCAUGAGUGUGGGAACAUUUCAGUGAUAGCGAAGUUAUCCUUUUUGAACAAGAGCCUGAUGUUUAAGAGGUAAUAACCAUUCCUGAAUCUGGUGGUGUGAAUCAUGAGGCUCCUGUACCUUCUUCCUGAUGGCAGCAGUGAGAAGAGAGCAUGUCCUGAGUGGUGGGUGGGGGGUCCCUGAUGAUGGGAUGCUUCUUUCCCACGAUAGUGUUUCAUGUAGAUGUGCUCAGUGGUGGGGGGGCGCUUUAUCGGUGACGGACUGGGCUGUAUCCACUACUUUUUGGAUAGCUAAGGUUAUAAGAACAGCAGCACUGUGGGUGCAGAGUGACUGAGAGAAACCAGGAAAGUGUUGAGCACUUUUGAGAGUGGAUGGAAGUGCUGUAUGGUACUGCCCCCACCCCCAUAGUGGCUGGAUUUAGUAGUAGUACGAUCACUCAAGUCAGGUAUGAUAUUCUCCUAGGCAGUUGUCUAUCGGUGGAAGCCAAUCCGGGAUCCACAUAUUCUGGUGCACUGUAGGUAAGAGUAAGUGGUAGCUGUGGUUAGUGGUUGGGUCUUUUGGUUUCUCAGUCUCUCCUUUUCCAGCUGCCGCUUGCUUUCUGUGGUACAGCAGAGGUCGCUCGCAUGUAGCAGAUCUUCUCCAGGUGUAUUUAAGGGUCCAAUGUCUUCCCAGUCUUUAAAUGUAAUGUUGAAUUUCUUGAGGCGGGUUUUGAUGUUGCUUCUUGAACAUGUUCUUUGCCUGCCAGGGGCUCACUGACCUUCCUUCAACUGGAGAUGUGAGUCAGGCAUCCGAGUGGCAUGACCUAUCCAUUGGAGUUGGCGUUGCUUUAUCGUGGUAAAGAUGCUGUCCAUGGCAGCCUCCUCCAGUAGCUGGCAGUGAGUGCAUCAGUGCUUCCAGAUGAUCCUCAGAAUCUUUCGUACGGCACUUUGGAGUUCUCAGGUGUCUACUGUAGCUGGUCCAUGAUUCAGUUCCAUACAGUAACAUAGGAAGGACUGCUACAUAAACCAAGUGUUUGGACCUGUAGGUUGCAGUCUUCAAAGACACUUUUCCUUAAUCUUGCAUAAUCUGCUCAGUAACUGCUUGAUAUCUGAGUUUGUCUGCUUUCGAGGAGAGAAUGCUGCCAAGGCAGGGAAAGUGGUCGACAUUUUCAACGAUGGUAUCAUCAGCUUUAUAAAGGGUUGGAUAAAUGGCUGAUAUAGGACCUCUGUCUUUUUAUAUUUAAAAUGGAACCCAGGGCAAAGGCAUUCACAGGUCUUCUUGUUAUUAGAGUUGUUACUUUAACAACUUUGCACUUAAAGUGCAUAGCUGCUAUACAUGAAGCAAAGACAAUCUAACCGCACCGGUCCAAUGAAAUAAUGGCCACGCAACAUACAGUUGUCCUUGAAGAUUUGUUUUAUUUCUCUCUCUCUUUCUUCAGUAGACACCAUGAAAACUACAAGAAAAUAAAGGUCAUAAAAGGUUUGAAACAUACAUCUCGGUCUUUUAAAGGUAGUGUCCACCGAUAAACAGGCCCAAACGUGUUAACACGUAAGCUGAAAUCAAGUAAAUCACUAAAAAGAUAUCACACUGUCCAUAUAAAGGCACAUCAACAACAAUAUAAAACUAUUACUGUGUGCACCUCUUGGACCACACACAGAAUAAGGUUAUUUUAGGGCCAUAUGUCUUUCUCUGCUUCCAUGAUGGUUCUGACCCAUAAUACCACAGUCAUGUGACCCAUUAAACUCUACAUUAAAAUAAAACCUUACAUAAAAUAUUUUAAGAUGAUAAAAUAAUCAUGAAUUUAUGACAAAAACAUAAACUAUGAAACAUAUCUGAGACAGUUACAGACAAUCUUAGAAAUAUAAAACACACUGAGAACAGUAACACGAGGAAAUCUGCACAUGCUGGAAAUUCAAACCACACAAAAUGCUGGUGAAACACAGCAGACCAGGCAGCAUCUAUAUUAGUCCUGAUGAAGGGUCUCAGCCCAAAACGAGAACAGUAACACAUUCAGAAUGACAAUGAUGAAGUUGGCAGAUUUUGUAAUUUGGUAAAGUGGUGUAAGCUGAUGCCAAGAUCAAAGUCAGUUUAAACCAAAUGGCACAAGUUUAAAGGGAUGUCAGCAAAGAAGAACCGGUACCUGUGAGCACUCAUGGCAUCGACAGUGGCAGAUAUGGUGAGACGGCCACGGAAGGGCAAUGGGGAUCCUCUAGUGUAGAAGUAGAAACAGAGAGGAGAAGAACAAGCAGGGUAUGCGGAAACAAAAGCACAUUUUGGCUGGACUUGCUCGCUCGUUUUUGCCAUUUGAGUCACUUCUUCCUUUUUUCUUUGUGUGUUGGGUGUAUGACAUUUUCUGGGUUCCAUGGCCUUAUGCGGGAAGGCAAAUUUCAGAUAGGGUUAUAUUUUGCAUGCAUAUUUUGAUAAUAAAUGUGCUUUGAAUCUUUGAAAGUUGAAACAAAAAGUAGAUAAUGAUGGAAUGACAAAAGGGCAUUAACUUGAGAUGCUAACUCUAAGUAUGGUUCUGUGUGUGUCUCUCUCUCUCUCUCUCUCUCUCUCUUUGGAUACUACCUGACCUGCUGAAUAUACUGAUAUUUUCUUACGUUUUGCUGAAACAAAGGUUACAUCCCGUGUCCAAUUCAAAAACUUGCACCAUAGGAAUGAUGACAGAUUCUUGGAGGGAGUGAGAAUAGAUUAAUCCAAAUUGUACCAGAGAUUCAGGACAUCAGGUAAGUGAAGUAAAUAGACCAUGAUUCAUAUUCAAGCAGAAAAAGUGAAGGGAAGAUUAAAUAACUGUUUUCAAAUUCAGUGGCUUAGAUACACUCAGUGGCCACUUCAGUAGUUACUUCCUACACCUAAUAAAGUGGUCAGUGAGGGUAUGUUUAUGGCCUUCUCCAUUUCAUGGUUUGAUGUGCUGUGCAUUCGGAGAUGCUUUUCUGCUCACCACUGUUGUAACGUGUGGUUAUCUGAGUUAUUAUCACCCUCCCGUCAACUUGAACCAGUCUGGCCUCUCUCAUUAACAAGGCAUUUUUGUCCACAGAACUGCAACUCAUUGGAUUUUUGUUGUUGUUGUAUUUUGCACCAUUCUCUGUUAGCUCUAGAGACCGUUGUGUAUGAAAAUCCCAGAAAAUCAGCAUUUUCUGAGAUACUCAAACUACCUGUCUGGCACCAACAACCAUUAUGUGGUCAAAGUAACUUAGAUCACACUUCUUGACCAUUCUGAUGUUUAGACUGAACAACAAAUAAACCUCUUGACCAUGUCCGCAUGCUGUUAUGCAUUGAUUUGCUGCCACAUUGGUGGCUAAUAAGAUAUUUGCAUUAAUGAUUAGGUGUAGAGGUGUACCUAAUAAAGUGGCCGCUGAGUGUAUAUGCACUGUGACUGAGAUCCUUACUGAACUGUGACUCUCGUUUAGGUCAUUUGAUUUCCCCACAGUUUGUCUGUUGUAUUUGAUAUUCCUAACUGAGCUGGAUACUGUUUUUAUCCACCCAUCUUUGGAAUGUAGGGGAGAAAGCACAGCUCCUGGGAGUAACGCGUGCAGUCACAGCGCGCAUAUGAAAAUUCCACCCAGACAGCAACAGAGAUCAUGACUGAACUUGAAGCGCUGGAGCUGUGAUUCAGCAGAUCUAAUGGAGGCAUCAUUCUGCCUUCAUUGUUGCUUCCAGCUGGAAUCAACUGACCAACAGGGGCGUGGAUUAAUAAUAACCUUCAAUAGUCAGAACAAUAAACCUUGAGGUAUAUUUAUCAAAUUUACAGGGCAAUAUGAUGAGGCAUGGUAAUUAUUGGACAAUGGGAGGCUGUAGUUUUGAAGCAGGUCACUGUCGUAUAUUUUUUCAAGAUUUUAGAAAGAUGAGGGGGAAUCUCAUUGAAACUUGACAAAUAUUGAAAGGCCAAGACAGCAGGAACAUGAACAGGAUGCAUCCAGUAGUGAUAGAAUCUAGGACCAGAGGGCACAACCUUAGAGUAACAGGAUGCCCCUUUAGAACAGAGAUGAAGUAUUUAUUCAGCUAGUGAUUGGCGAAUCUGUGGUUGUGGAGGCUAAGUCACUGGGUAUAUUUACAGCAGAGGGUGAUAGGUUCUUGAUUAGUAAGGGUGGCAAAGGUUAUCAGGAGAAGGCAGAGGAUGGGGUUCAAAAGGAAAAUAAAUCAGCCAUGAUUUAACAGCAUAGCAAACUCGAUGGGCUCAAUGGUCCAAACCAUCCCCAAUAUCUUAUGGUCUUCUAUUUCUCCAGAGAUUCAUUCAAUUCAAGUUGCCUUUGCUUGUUAUAUAAUUGCAUUUUUACCUGGGCAAACUUGCAAUAUCCUCUGUCAUGCAAGGCUUUGCCAAUUUUUGCUCUUCUCCUUUACCAGAUAGUACUGGCCCUGAACUCUCUUAGAAAAAAAUCCCUCAUCUGUUAGAUGUUUUACCGAUGAGUAUCUGCUUCUUUUAUACUUUUCCCAGUUUUUCACUUAUGCUAUUCAAAUUAGAUACCUCACAACUUAGGGCCCUAUCCCUAAUCAGAAUCAGGCUUUUUUACCCCAGCAUGUGUCAUGAAAUUUGUUAACUUAGCAGCAGCAGUUCAACGCAAAAUAUAAUAGAGAAGAAAAAUGAUGAUAAUAAAUCAAUACAUUACAUCAAUUAUAGUAUAUGUAUAUUGAAGAGAUUAAAAAUCAUGCAAACACAGUAAUAAUAUAUAAUUUAAAAAACUGAGGUAGUGUUCAUGGGUUCAAUGCCCAUUUAGGAAUCGGAUGGCAGAGGGAAAGAAGCUGAUCCUGAAUCGCUGAGUGUGUGCCUUCAGGCUUCUGUACCUCCUACCUGAAGGUGUCAGUGAGAAAAGUGCAUGCCCUGGGUGCUGGAGGUUCUUAAUAAUGGACACUGCCUUUCUAAGACACUGUUUCUUGAAGAUGUCCUGGGUACGUUGUAGGCUAGUAGCCAAGGUGGAGCCAACUAAAUUUAUGAUCCUCUGUACCUUCUUUCAGUCCUGUGCAGUAGCUCCCCCUCCCAUACCAGACAUUGAUUCAACCCGUCAGAAUGCUCUUCAUGCUGCAUCUAUAGAAGUGUUCAAGUGUUUUUUUUUGACAUACCAAAUCUCUUUAAACUAAUGAAGUAUAGCCACUGUCUUGCCUUCUUUACAACUACAUCAAUACGUUGGGACCAGGUUAGAUCCUCAGAGAUCUUGACACCCAGGAACUUGAAGCUGUUCACUCUCUCCACUUCUGAUCCUGCUGUGAGGAUUGGUGUGUAUUCCUUCAUCUUACCCUUCCUGAAGUCCACAAUCAGCUCUUUCGUCUUACAGACAUUAAGUGCAAGCUUGUUGCUGUGACACCAUUACACUAGUUGGCAUAUCUCACUCCUGUACACCCUCUCGUCACCACCUGGGACUCUACCAACAAUGGUUGUAUCAUCAGCAAAUUUAGAGGUAGUAUUUGAGCUGUGCUUAGCCACACAGUCAAGGGUAUAGAGAGAGUAGAGCAGUGGGCUAAGCACACACCUCUGAGGUGCACCAGUGUUGAUCGUCAGCAAGGAGGAGACAUUAACACUAACAUGGUCUUCCAGUGAGGAAGUUUAGGAUCCAAUUGCAUAGGGAGGUACAGAGGUCCAGGUUCUGUAACUUAUCAAACAGGAUUGUGCAAAUGAUAGUGUUAAAUGCUGAGUUAUAGUCGAUGAAUAGCAUCCUGACAUAGGUAUUCGUAUUGUCCAGGUGGUCUAAGGCCGUGUGAAGAGCCAUUGCGAUUGUGUCUGCCGUCACAAUAACUGGCAUUAAAGUUAUAUAGAAUUUUGAUCAACUUUUUCCAUCCAAUGGCUGCCAAGUUUCAUUUCCCUUGAUAUGUCAUCUCUAAUAGGACUAUUAAAUAGGUGAACAACAACACGCACAAAUUGCUGGUGGAACACAGCAGGCCAGGCAGCAUCUGAAGCGCUGUCGACGUUUCGGGCCGAGACCCUUCAUCAGGACAUAGGUGAGUGAGUUUAUCAUUGUCCCAUGCAUGGAGGUACAAUGAAAGACUAUUUUACACACCACCCAUACAGACAAUUUCAUUACAACAGUGCAUUGACACAGAAAACAGAAUGUAGAAUAAAGCAUGUCAUUUACAGAGGACAAUACGGUGCGAGGACUUAACGAGUAAAGCCGUAAGUGGAAACAUUUACUGUAAUAAAUUCCAGUCAAUACAAAAGCUAAAAUCCACCACAUUGAGAUGCAACAGGACAACCAUUGAUGUAGAAGGGAGCCUCAUAACCGAUGUUGGGGAGGGGAAAUAUAGUCAGAAGCCAACGGAUUGGAAUAAAUUAAACAAUGUUAAGGAAAAUAUAGACGCUGAAGGUCAACCAACAGUCGAAAGGACGUUCAGAGAUCCAACCAAUGGGAGGCCGAGGUUGGAGUGACAACUAAUGGAAGGGCUGCAGUUGGAAGAACAACCAAUAGAAGAGCAACGUUGGGAAGGAAACCAAUAGUAGCGGAGUUUGUAUGAAAAGCAACCAAUAGGUGGCGGGAUUUGAGGAGGCCCAUCUCUGGGGUGAAGAGGGAAUCCUGCCCAUGAUCACAUCGCAUCGAACCGCUCAGCGCCGCCAAUUCACAGGGACAGCCGGCCUUGCGCGCCAUGGGCUCGUCAGACAAGCCGCACCUUUUGGAUGGAGCAAAAUAAAGUCCAACGUGCUUCGUUAUGUUGAGAAGAGGGCACGGAGGAUUUUUGUAACCGUAGUGUAAAGCUAACAAGAACUUCUCACGGGAAAAACAGCUCAGUCUUUCAGCGACGUAGCCCUCUGAUCCGAAUAAAAUCCUAGCAGCAUUUUCCGGCAUUGUCGUGAGAGUCGUAAAACACCUCCGCCUGAUUGGUGAAUUUGAAUUUUGAUGUCUCUUUCAUGUCCGCCACAACUUCUUGGUUUAUGGCCGCAAUUCCAGCAAACUGAUUGGUUGUCUGCUCAUCAAUCGCAUCGUAAAGCCGCCGGGCUCAGUGAUUGGUGUUCGUCCUGUCAAUCAUUCACAGGCCAUCUCCAACUCUCUUUUUCUGUAAUUGGCUGAAUGCAAGUUUUGCCCGAGAAUGAUUGGGUUAAGUCAUUGUCACUCACCCGAAUGAUAUCCCACCCAUCUUUCGGCCGCAGUUUGACGCAAGGGAAACUGGGUGAAGCUUUUUGGGAGUUGACCUCUGACCUGUUUGCGGCCGAAAUGGCUCAUAGAGAUGUUUAAAACUGCUUUUCACCCCUUUCCAUCACGUCUGUUCUUUCUUGUCGACAGGCUUUGUUUACAGGAAGUAAUCUGAGACCGGACUGAUCUCCUGUAAGGAAUACCAGUUUGAUACUGAACAUUUGGGCCACUCAGAGGAAGGCAAAGUUCUGCCAGGUGUACAGGUUUGAUCCAACAACCUGCAGGAAAUACAGCAUCCCUUCCCACCCCAUUUCCCCUGAUCAGAUCCAGGAACUCUUGACAGAAAUCUGAAGGGGUUAUUCACUUUUUAGAAGGAAGCCUAGAAUCAGAAUCGGGUUCAUCAUCACUGACUUAUACGUUGUGAAAUUUGUUGUUUUGUGGUAUCAAAAGCAUAAAACCUGUGCACACAUUGUCCUGGCACUCAAGAUGUCUGCAGUCGGCUUCGACGACUUCUCAGGCCCCUGCUCCGAGCUGGCCCUGCCACCGCUCUUUGGUGGCAACAUCCUGGAGAGUGAGCUGGAGCAAGAGGUGGAGUUCGCGGAUGCAGGGCUGAACGGCGACACCGCGGAGGAAGAAGGGGCAGCGAGGCAGCGCGAGCUGUACCGGAAGAAGUACCACGCGCUGCAGCGAAGAUGCAAGGAGAUUGAGACGGUAAAUGAAAAACUCUUGAACAGACUGAAAAAUGUGAGGAAGAUAACACAGCGGUUAAAGAAGGAACGAAGGUUCCUGAUGAAGUGUCUGGACUCUCAUGGCGAUUCCUAUCGAACAGCUCAGCUGACCAUACUGCUCGAGGAGGAGAGCAGCCGAGGAGGUGAGGAAAUGCUGUUGGACAACCCCCCAAGUGGCCAGCUCCCAGAGGGAGAGGAAACCCCAGCAGCCAAGCACAGCUCGCAAGGAUCAGACAGUCCCACGCCCAGUGAGGGGGGCACUCACAAGAGGAAGAGAGUAAAGGAAGAAAGAGAGGGCCCAACCAACAAGAGGCAUUUGAAUUCCUUCUAUAAAUUCAGCCGUGACCUCCCCAAACAGCAGGAUUCCAGCGAUGAAGAACUGUCACCCAGAGAAGGGGGUGAGGCCCUCUCCCGUCCCUGGAACACCGAGAGCCCCGAAGGGAAGGUUAUGUAUAGAGAAUACUCCAGCCCUGCUGUGUACCCUGAAUUUGACUGAAGCCCUCAAUCCUGGACUAGGAGGCAUCAGAAGAAGAGGGCUGGUGACUGAAUGGGGACUGGCACUUGGAGGCAGGCCAGUUCAAAGGACCUGAACCACCCCCAGCUUCCAAUAUUUUAGGGCCCACCCCCUCAGAUACCUGGCCACAUGUUUUGUGACACUGUCAGCAGUGACAGCAGUGUUCUAUGUUAAUGAGAUCAUCAUUCCAGUAGUACUCGUCUGAGAAAAUACCAUGCCAAGGGAGGAGGCGGCAGGAUGGGCAGCAAAGUUGGGAUUAGGAGUGCAAAGAAUUAGGAGAACAGGCUAGAUCUAGGACUGAAUCUAAAUCUAUCUCUCAUGUUCUUUCUGUAUCUGUCUCACUUUCCCUUCCUCCUCAGCCACUUUUUACCAGUCUUUGUCACUCUUUACUCUUGUCAGAUGGACAAUGUCUUUCACACCUGUCUUUCCUGCUUCCCUUCUCCUCUUAUGUCUCUCCCAUCUUUCUUUCUCUCCAUAGACAGAGUAUACAGCUCCCUUUAUACCAGGGGUUCCCGAGCUGGGGUCUCCAGACCCUUUGCUUAAUGAUCUUGGUCCAUGAGAUAAGAAAGGUUGGGUAGAACCUCUGCUCUGUACUGCCGUGUAAGAAUCUCUCCAGGUACAUGUUAGAUGUUCCCUUUACUUCCAACACCUUGAGGGAUGUCUGUUCUGUUUUUAAACAUCAAACAAGAGAAAAUCUGAGCAACACACACAAAAUGCUGGAGGAACUCAGCAGGCCAGACAGCAUCUAUGGUAAAAAGCACA